AUGAAGGAGUUGGAUCGCCAAGGUUCUAUUCUGCACAGCAUCAGGACUAAGGCGGCGGAGUUUAUCGCUUCUAAAGAACUGGAGGUUGAAGAAAUUCAGGCAGCUGUCGGCACGCAUGUCACGACUCUGGCGACGAAGAUGGAAGAGUACAUCAAGGGCCUCAGCUCCGACCCCGAUCUGGUGGUUUCUGAUACCGCCAAAGAACGCUAUCGGCGACUGAAGGGGCGGUGCAUCGAGAAGGCUCAAUCUGACAUCGCGGCGGCCAAGGAUGAGAUGACCAUCCGAGAGAUCGAUCGACAGCAUAAGCUGGCGGCUGAGGAUUUGAAGAAGGCUGCUGCAGCUGAGGAGGUGCAGGAGAUGGAAAUGGAGCCUGCGAUUGAGGAGAUUCUGGCUAAGCAUGCCAAGAAGAUUGAAGACAAGCUUCGGCGGGAGAUUACGCAGAAGCUUGAGGCCAGUCUAUCUAAGAAGCUGCAGAAGAAUCUUCACAUCGGAGAGCAGAACUCUUCGCAGGCCGCAUCCGCUGACAAGAAGCAGACGGCUCAACCUGGGAGGCAGGACGGUGCACCUGGGAAGCCUAAGCCGAAGAAGAAGCGGGGUGGUAAGACUCCAAAGAAGCAGAAUUCCAGCGCCGACAAAGAGCAGCAGGCGAAAGGCCCUACCACAUCGAAGGCCAAGGGACCAAAAAACGGCGGAGGCGGCCCCGGAAAAGGGCCGCACAAGAAGUGA